CUCACAUAGCGACAUCUCAUGCCCCGUAUUUCCUGGACUGCUGUAUCAAUCCGCGCGGUGUUGCCGCUACAGCACGUAGUCCAUCAAUUCUGCUCGGUUCUGCUGACGCAUCUCACGAGACAUUGCCUGCGUCUGGUCGGUUAGUAUUCUGCCAUUUUUCUCGGUUUCCUCAGUCUGUAAAAUCGUUUCUAUGUCGGCACUUGCAGAUGCUAGAGUAAUGUGUGUUUUGUGUCCAUAUCCCGCCUUGUUUACUCAUACGCAGUAUGGACGUGAAAGUGUGUCGAAGAUGGUGAAUGUGAGUGAAACUUGGUCUCCCAACCCAAGAGAAUACAAGUAAAGGAACAAAAUGUUACUAACAAUGAGACAGCUAAUGUUGACAACAGUGUUAACACUGGCGGUGGUCAGCAGUGACAACAGCUUGUGCCCUAUCAAUAGCAGCUGCCACUGUGAGCACAACGUAUUGGGUGACCUGGACCUAUGGUGCUCCCAUGCCCCACAGAAGGUUACAUUCCAUGCAAAGCUGAAGCCAGGGAACAUGCUGAACUUCCAGUGUUUCUCUAUGACAUGGAUGGACUAUGCCUUGUUGUCUGGGCUACAUGUGGGCCCCACCCCUCGUGUGGCCUUCACAUUUUGUCCCCUGCCUAAUAUGCCUUUGUACCAGAUGCUUGAAUCUAUUGGUAUAUCUGGGGUUGAAUCACUUGUAUUCCAGAACAGCAAUCUGAGUGACACGUUGGAAUCAUCAUUCCUAGCAGGGCUGAGCAACCUCACAACUCUGACACUGCACGGCAAUGGAAUAACAACAUUGCCUCAAGAUCUGUUCCAAGAGAUGACUAUGCUCCAGUAUCUGGACCUGAAAGACAAUGCCCUUCAGCUGCCUGUCCAUGUGUUUGACCACUUGUCCAAUCUUCUGACACUGGAACUGGGUGGAAACCAGAUGAGCCACCUGGAGGUGGGAAUAUUUCGUAACCUAUCUCAACUCAGCAGAUUGAACUUGUGGGGAAAUAAUCUGCAGAAUCUCACACAAGACGUAUUUAUUGGUCUAUCGGGUCUGCAGUUUCUGGACCUCAGCUCCAAUAAGCUGACUUCAAUAUCUGCAGACUUGUUUGCCAAGAUGCCCCAGCUCAGGGAGCUCACCAUGCCCAGCAACAAUUUUAGUUUCUUGCCUGAUGGUUUGUUUUCAUCAACUAGAAGUCUGACAAAGUUGGGACUGUAUGACAAUAGACAGCCGCUUCAGUACAUUCCACCUGGACUGUUGGCCAACCUUACUAAUCUGCUGGAAGUGUACCUCAAUAUGUGUGGCAUCACACAAAUGCCUGCUGACAUCUUCUGGGGAUCACCAGCAAUAGUCAACAUCUCCCUGCAAGGAAACUUACUAACAACUCUGCCUGCAGAACUAUUUCAGGACACAGUCAAACUUAUGAACCUCAAACUGGGCAGCAACCGUUUGCAAGCCCUGCCAGAUGGGAUAUUCUUUGGUCUCGACAAUUUGCAGACCCUUGAACUGGACCACAACCAACUAACCAACAUCUCAGGGAAUCUUCUGAAGGGCCUAGCACAACUUAAAUCACUGAAUUUGGAGCACAACCAGCUGAAACACAUUGCACUAGAGGCAUUCAUGCAUGUGCCUACACUUAGACAGCUGACACUUUCCCACAACCAUCUGUCCUUAAGAGGGCUACAGACCAAUGUAGGAGAGGUACAGUCAGUUCUUAGUGCCUGUGUGCAUCUUGAGGAACUGUACAUCAGCUAUAAUGCCAUCAUGACUAUUUUCUCAGAUUGGGUCCUUACAAUGCUGAACCUGCGAACUCUUGAUCUGAGUCACAACCUCAUUUCCAACCUCAGUCUGGAAGACAUACAGUUCCUGUCAAGCUACAUCACUGUGGACCUCACUUACAACACCAUCUCCAUCAUUGACCUUCAGAACUUAGAGAUUGUGGCCAGGGGGCAAAUCCCUCAUCAGACUCCACCAAACAGACGUAUUCUGCUGGAGGGGAACCCCUUAAUGUGUGACUGCAAGGUUUAUGACCUGUUGCGCUAUCUUGAGGACAGACUUGAACCAGAAGCACGCAGCAUGUUUGAAAUCAUCCCGGGCAACCUCAGCUGCGCUGCCCCACCAGGAUGGAGAGGCAUCACAGUGAAGCAGCUCAGCUCCUUCAAGAUACAGUGCCCUCUUCCAAAACUGGUGGAUUGUCCACAUCCUUGCACGUGCUUUGAGCGUCCAGCAGACUCUGCCCUAAUUGUGGACUGCUCAGGCUUGAAUCUAUCACAGUCUCCUGCCAGUUUGCCAGACCCACUCAAACUUGACAGCAGAGUCUUGUGGCCUAGAAGGAUUAAACUCAACCACACAGAAUUAUGGCUCAACAGUAACAGUAUUGUGACACUGCCUUGGAACACUGCACCAGGAUACAGCAGGGUGACACAACUCUAUCUGUCAGGCAACAACAUCUCAACAUUGGCAGCAGAGCAGGUGCCUCCUCACCUGCAGGUGCUAGAGUUGGAUCACAACAACAUGACAUGGCUCGAUGCUUCCAUUCUGCAGGCACUUGCCAAUAAAACAACCGGCCUUCAGCGUCUCACACUCCAUGCUAAUCCAUGGCAGUGUGACUGUGCAGCACGUGGCAUGCUCAAUUUCCUGCAGGAACACUUCACUCAGGUGGCGUAUCUCUCCAAUAUCACAUGUGGGGAUGGCUCAGGACGAUCACUGGCCAAUCUCACCUUCAAUGAUUUGUGCCCAGUGUCUAGUGCUACCAUCGUGACAAUGAGUAUAAUUGUGGCCCUGCUUGGCAUCAUGGUGGGAAUCUCAGCAGCUCUGUACUACUACUUCCAGCAUGAGGUGAAAGUGUGGCUGUAUGCACGGGGCUUGUGCCUCUGGUUUGUGACAGAGGAGGAGCUUGACAAAGACAAACUGUAUGAUGCCUUCAUCAGCUACUCACAUCGUGAUGAAGAAUUUGUUGUGAAUCAGCUGGUGCCAGAGCUGGAGGGUGGCACGACACAUUUCAAGCUAUGUCUGCAUUAUCGUGACUGGAUAGCUGGUGAGUGGAUUCCUAAUCAGAUAGCACGAUCUGUGGAAGACUCACGACGAACUCUCGUAGUGCUGUCACCCAGCUUCCUUGAAAGUGUGUGGGGUCGCAUGGAAUUCCGCACAGCACAUAGCCAGGCCCUGAGUGAGGGCCGUGCCAGGGUCAUUGUGUUGCUCUAUGGGGACAUUGGUCCACUGGACCAGCUGGAUCCUGAGCUGCGUGCCUAUCUUAGUAUGAACACAUACGUAAAGUGGGGUGACCCCUGGUUCUGGGAUAAACUACGGUAUGCCCUGCCUCAUUCACAGAAAGUCAGUGAGAGGAGCAAGGAGCCCAAGUCCCGCAGGACAGGAAGGGAUGACAAACUGGAACUCAUCUCAACCCCCUCCUCAUCUACCACUUCUCCCACUGAUGAAGUACUAAAUCCCCUGCAGGCCACUACAGCAUUAACCAAUGGACAUGUGACUUUGCUGGCAAAGACAAAUGGACAUAUCAAUGGUUGCUUUGUGAAGUCUGUGUGAAUAUCAUGAUGUGCUCAAGAGACAGUACCUGAGGCAGCUAUGUGCCCUUGUAAAUAGUGUAAUGAUAGCUCAUCUUAACCUGUUCUUUUUUAUUAAAACACUCAUACAAGUAG